AUGUCUAAGCAUCUCAUCGGCUACGUCUUCAACAAGGCUCUCAACAAGAAUAUACCAGUCUAUCUCCCCACCAUCUGGAACAACAUCAUGCGCGUACCCGAAGUCGUCGAUCAAGCUGUGAAGACCGCAGCUCUUGCCACGGUCAAAGCUCCCUUGAAAAACGGCACGCUAUUCAAAUUCGAAGACAUGCAGAAGAUGGAUGAACUCCUAAUUACCAAUACCCUUCAUCAAAGCCAGACUGAUCCCAACAAUCACUGUUCAGUUCAGGGCCAGACUACUGGAGGUGUCCGGAUCAAAGCCAAUCACGCCCAGGAGGACCAGUCCAAGCAAUAUGUUGCUAACUAA